GGAGGGGGCCUCCGAGUGUUCCAGGGAAGAGGGCUGCCCAUCAGGUGGGGCUUCCGUCAUUGUGGUCUGCCUCUUCCCUGCAGGGCGACAUCCAGCAGCUGCUCAUCGUCUCAGAUCAUCAAGCCGCCUAUGACUACUGUGAACACUACAGCCCAGACUGCGACACAGCGGUGCCGGAUGUGCCUCAUUCGCAGGACCCAAACCCUGAUGAAUACUACCCAGACGGGGCCGGGAACUUGGAAGUUGAAGGAGAAACUUACUAUUAUGAAUACCCCUACUAUGAGGACCUCGAUGACACAGGGAAAGCCACCCCGACCACUGUCCAACCUGUGGAAACUGAUGGAGCAGCCAGGGAAGUGACUGAAACCACUGAGAGCCCCACCCCUCCGCCCACCCCCCCACCGGUGGUGGAGAAGACCCAGGAGGAGAUUCCCAAGGAAGAGGAUGAACUGCUGUUGGAGGAAUACAACUACGGGCCCAUUACGGACGAGUACUACACGCCAAUCCCUUACGAAGACCUCAACUAUGAAGACCUGGACAAUUUCGAUAAGCUCCCAGAAGAGGGCAUUGAGGCAGAAGUUCCCACCAGCACGGUCAUCACCUACAAUGAAACGGAUACCACAGGAAGAGUAAGUGAAGGUGGAGAGGAUCCUGAUAAAGAUUUCUCUGUCACUGAGUACGGGGAAGGAUACUAUGACGGUUACUUCGACAGGACUGACUCCCCUGACAUUGGACCCGGGAUGCCUGCUAACCAGGAUACCAUUUAUGAAGGGAUCAGUGGGCCUCGAGGCGAAAAGGGGCAGAAGGGAGAGCCAGCGACCAUAGAGCCAGGCAUGCUUCUCGAAGGACCAGCUGGCCCAGAAGGCCCAGCCGGGCUUCCAGGUCCCCCGGGAACAACGGGGCCAGCGGGCCCAAUGGGAGAUCCUGGAGAAAGGGGUCCACCCGGACGUGCAGGACUUCCUGGUGCUGAUGGUUUGCCAGGCCCACCCGGGACGUUGCUGAUGCUGCCGUUCCGGUUCAGCGGGGGUGGAGACGGGGGCUCGAAAGGGCCCCAAAUCUCUGCCCAGGAGUCCCAAGCACAAGCCAUCCUGCAGCAGGCCAGGCUGGCUCUGAGGGGACCCGCUGGCCCAAUGGGACUGACCGGAAGACCAGGCCCCAUGGGGCCCCCAGGUGGUGGAGGAAUCAAAGGUGAAUCGGGAGACAUGGGACCUCAGGGUCCACGAGGGGUGCAGGGCCCUCCGGGUCCAUCAGGAAAACCAGGACGACGGGGACGGGCUGGCAGCGAUGGUGCUCGAGGGAUGCCAGGCCAAACGGGGCCGAAGGGGGACCGCGGUUUUGAUGGCCUGGCUGGGAUCCCUGGAGAAAAGGGCAACAGGGGUGAUCCUGGCCCCUCGGGCCCCCCAGGCGCCCCAGGUGAAGAUGGUGACAGGGGUGACGAUGGAGAAGUUGGACCCAGAGGUCUCCCCGGUGAACCUGGCCCCCGUGGUUUGCUUGGACCGAAGGGACCUCCGGGGCCACCAGGACCUCCGGGCAUUACUGGGAUGGAUGGACAGACUGGCCCUAAGGGGAAUGUGGGCCCUCAAGGUGAGCCUGGACCCCCAGGUCAACAGGGAAGUCCAGGCGCUCAGGGUCUUCCUGGUCCUCAAGGUCCAAUUGGAGCCCCCGGAGAAAAGGGUCCUCUGGGAAAAUCCGGUCUUCCUGGCAUGCCUGGAGCAGAUGGUCCCCCGGGCCAUCCUGGCAAAGAAGGGCCUCCCGGUGAGAAGGGGAGCCAGGGUCCAGCUGGCCCUCAGGGCCCACUUGGGUAUCCCGGCCCCCGUGGAGUGAAGGGGGCCGACGGCAUCCGUGGCUUGAAAGGAACGAAGGGCGAGAAGGGUGAAGAUGGCUUCCCAGGAUUCAAAGGCGACAUGGGCGUUAAAGGCGACCGGGGUGAAAUUGGCCCCCCUGGUCCUCGUGGGGAGGAUGGGCCAGAAGGCCCGAAAGGUCGCGGUGGCCCCAAUGGAGAGUCAGGCCCUCUAGGUCCAUCUGGAGAAAAGGGAAAACUUGGCAUUCCUGGUUUGCCUGGAUACCCUGGAAGACUUGGCCCCAAGGGCUCCAUUGGAUUUCCAGGGUUCCCCGGAGCCAACGGAGAGAAAGGAGGAAGGGGCACCGCUGGCAAACCUGGACCCAGAGGACAGCGAGGACCCACGGGUCCUCGAGGAGAACGCGGCCAGCGAGGCAUCACAGGGAAGCCUGGUCCAAAGGGCAAUUCUGGUGGGGACGGACCUCCGGGACCGCCAGGUGAAAGGGGACCUCCAGGCCCUCAAGGACCAACCGGAUUUCCUGGACCAAAAGGGCCCCCGGGUCCUCCGGGAAAAGAUGGAUUGCCAGGCCACCCUGGGCAGAGAGGCGAAACGGGCUUCCAAGGGAAGACGGGUCCACCUGGACCUCCAGGUGUUGUUGGUCCACAGGGCCCCACAGGAGAAACAGGCCCGAUGGGUGAACGUGGCCAUCCGGGCCCUCCCGGGCCCCCCGGUGAACAGGGACUUCCUGGCUUGGCUGGAAAAGAAGGAACGAAGGGUGACCCAGGCCCGGCCGGCUUGCCCGGGAAAGAUGGCCCAGCCGGUUUCCGAGGCUUCCCCGGCGACCGAGGACUCCCCGGCCCGGUGGGACCUGUGGGGCUGAAGGGCAACGAAGGGCCACCGGGGCCUCCUGGACCAGCAGGCUCUCCAGGGGAGCGAGGUCCUGCAGGAGCAGCUGGCCCAAUUGGUCUGCCAGGACGUCCUGGACCCCAAGGGCCCUCUGGCCCUGCGGGUGAGAAAGGGACCCCGGGUGAAAAAGGCCCUCAAGGCCCAGCUGGACGAGAUGGCAUUCAAGGACCAGUUGGACUUCCGGGCCCUGCCGGCCCGGUUGGCUCCCCAGGGGAAGAUGGAGACAAGGGUGAAAUUGGUGAAUCAGGGCAGAAAGGAAGCAGAGGUGACAAAGGAGAACAGGGUCCACCGGGUCCUAUUGGUCCACAGGGCCCAAUUGGCCAACCAGGUUUAGCGGGAGCUGACGGGGAGCCUGGCCCACGAGGACAGCAGGGCCUUUUUGGACAGAAGGGGGAUGAAGGGCCUAGAGGAUUUCCUGGCCUUCCAGGACCGGUUGGGUUGCAGGGCUUACCUGGACCUCCAGGUGACAAGGGAGAAACUGGAGAUGUUGGUCAAAUGGGUCCCCCAGGCCCUCCCGGACCCAGAGGCCCAGGUGGGCCCCCUGGAGCUGAUGGACCACAAGGCUCAGUCGGAGGGAUUGGAAAUCCAGGGGCCGUUGGUGAAAAGGGAGAACCUGGAGAAGCAGGGGGGCCUGGCCUACCCGGAGACACUGGACCAACGGGUCCUAAAGGAGAGAGGGGGGAAAAAGGGGAAGCAGGCCCCUCUGGGGCUGCUGGCCCCCCAGGCCCCAAAGGUCCCCCAGGAGAUGAUGGCCCCAAAGGGAGCCCGGGUCCAGUUGGCUUUCCAGGUGAUCCAGGUCCUCCGGGGGAGUCUGGUCCAGCUGGUCAGGAUGGCCCACCAGGUGAUAAGGGAGAUGAUGGUGAACCUGGCCAAAUGGGCUCCCCGGGUCCAACCGGAGAGCCAGGGCCUUCUGGACCACCAGGCAAGAGAGGGCCACCUGGGCCAGCGGGACCCGAAGGCCGCCAGGGAGAGAAAGGCACCAAGGGUGAAGCUGGAUUGGAAGGACCUCCUGGGAAAACGGGUCCUGUUGGUCCUCAGGGACCUCCAGGAAAGCCAGGUCCAGAUGGACUUCGGGGAAUACCUGGCCCAGUGGGUGAGCAAGGCCUUCCGGGUUCCCCAGGCCCAGAUGGACCUCCUGGCCCGAUGGGCCCACCUGGAUUACCUGGCCUGAAAGGGGAUUCGGGUCCAAAGGGAGAAAAGGGUCAUCCCGGGUUGAUUGGUCUUAUUGGGCCUCCCGGCGAGCAAGGAGAAAAGGGAGACCGAGGAUUGCCAGGACCUCAAGGAGGAUCAGGGCCUAAAGGAGAACAGGGUAUUCAAGGUCCGUCCGGCCCCCUUGGCCCCCCUGGCCCUCCAGGGCUGCCGGGGCCCCCCGGUCCAAAAGGUGCUAAAGGAUCUUCCGGGCCAACCGGUCCAAAAGGAGAAACUGGCCAUCCCGGCCUACCAGGACCUCCCGGUCCUCCAGGAGAGGUCAUCCAACCCCUUCCCAUCCAGUCCUCCAAACGGACGCGCAGAAACAUUGAUGCCAGCCAGCUGAUGGAUGAUGUCAAUUCUGACAAUUACGUGGACUACAAUGACGGCAUGGAGGAGAUCUUCGGGUCCUUGAACUCUCUGAAACUGGAAAUCGAGCAGAUGAAACACCCCUUGGGCACCCAGCACAACCCAGCUCGGACCUGCAAGGACCUGCAGCUUUGCCACCCGGACUUCCCGGACGGAGAAUAUUGGGUAGACCCAAAUCAAGGCUGUUCCCGGGAUUCCUUCAAAGUUUACUGUAAUUUUACUGCUGGUGGGGAAACUUGCAUCUUCCCAGAUAAGAAGUCUGAGGGGAGCAAAAUGGCCCGUUGGCCCAAAGAGCAGCCAGCUACGUGGUAUAGUCGCUACAAGCGAGGGUCUUUGCUCUCCUACGUGGACGCUGACGGCAACCCCAUCGGAGUGGUUCAGAUGACUUUCCUGCGGCUCCUGAGUGCAUCCGCUCACCAAAACGUCACCUACAACUGCUUCCAGUCUGUGGCGUGGCAUGACGCCACUGCGGGCAACUACGAGAAGGCCCUGCGCUUCCUGGGCUCCAAUGACGAAGAGAUGUCGUAUGACAACAGCCCUUUCAUCAGGGCGGCCCUUGACGGCUGUGCGGCAAAGAAGGGUUACCAGAAGACGGUCUUGGAAAUUAGCACCCCCACAGUGGAGCAGGUCCCCAUUGUCGACAUCAUGUUCAAUGACUUUGGCGAAGCAUCUCAGAAGUUUGGGUUCGAGGUGGGACCGGCGUGCUUCAUGGGCUGAGGGCCGCUCAGAAGACUCUCCAAAAGAGCAACUUCGUAACCUCAUCGCGCCUUCUAUUUUUUGGCUACUUCUUUUUUUUUUUUUGUUUGGUCAUCACAUGCACGUUCUGAAACUGGACAGUUUGAUGGGUUUGUCUUUUGACUUGUUCUCCUAUUUACCCCGACGUCAAUUUUGCCACAAGACCCCCAACCCCAGUCAAAAACCGGACCCCGCUCACCACCGACUCCAGAAUCACAUGACCUAGAGCCCCCCCCCCGGGUGGCCGAAGCGAGCUUCUCCUUCUGUGCUGCGCCCUUCUUGGAGGCCGCCCAAGGGCUUCUCCGCUCUCGCGCUUGAACGCCUGCCUCUUCAGGACAUCCCGCCAGAGACUAUGCCUCGUGUCAGCAGCUUCUCUGCAUCUGAUGGGAAACGGCCCAGUGAUCGCCAGUUUCCCGUCCCUGGGUGGUCCCUGAAAGGCCAUCGAAAGCCCUCAGCCAGCCGAUUCAGCCCCUGCCUGAUCUCUGUACAGAAACAAGGACGAAGAACUCUGAAAACCUCUGGAUUCUCUUCUCUGCUGGGGUUUCUCUCAGAACCUAGACGGAUCUCAGCCAGCCCCAGAGACCUUUCCUCUGGUUUUGUUCUGCUCAGUUCACACAAGAAACACCAGAAACCAACAGCCUUUAAAAAUGCCAGGUUCUGACUGCUUAUCCCAUAUGAUAAAGGUGCUUCUAUUUUUGUAUUUUGUAAGUAAAUAUUUGUAUAUUAUUAUAUUAAAUAUUAAAUGUUUCUGGGUUCAAAACAUGCAUGUGAGUCCCCCGUGCUGCACGGAGAACGGGCAGCCCCCUUGGCCCCAGCGUCCGAUGCGUUCCCUAAGACCACCGUAGGAAUCCGCAGGGAACCGUGUGCUCCCCCCAGACUCAGGAAGCAGGUUCCCUCUGCCCCCCUCCCCAGCCCUCUCAGCCUUAGGAGUGGUACGCCUCAGCCUUACAGGCACCCAAGCAAAUGGGAUUAAAAUUAAGCGUUGCUGAACUUUGGGGGAACUGAGGCAGGCGGGUCUCCAGACUAAGGAAAACGGCUGCCAGCUCGGUGCAUCUUUGCCCCAAGUGCACCAGCAGUGUUGAAAUUUGUCAUAUCUGACAAGCAAUAAAGAUGUAUUCUUUAUUGCUUGUCAGAUAUGGUAAGUCUCCAGACUUACCUACUGUGGUUCAAUGGAGAGAUUUUUUAAAAAAUAUCUUUUACCAAGAAAAUUUCUUAUCUUCAUUCCAUUUUGUUGGUGCUAUAGCUGUUGGAGGAACCUUCCAGACCACCCUGGCUGAGCCCUGCCGGGGGUCUCUCCCAGCUUUCCCCUCAUUUCAGCCCAGUAAUAUAUCGCCUGUCUCCCCCACCCCCCAUCAUGACCUUGUAACCCAUCAGCCUGGACUCAGCCUGGACUCAAUGGUGUAUCUGACUAUGACCGAGUUUUUACAGCUGGGCUGAGGAUCUGGGUUUUUCUUUGGUAGCAACAGGCUAUGCGUGCAAUGCCUACCAGGGUAAACAUGCCAGAUUUGUACUCAGUUGCUGAAUAUUUGUGGUGCUAAUUUAUGACUUUAUUCAAUGUACUGAAGUCAAGGCCAGACUUGACCUGUCUCUACAACUCCCCUCCUCUGUCUUUCCAGAGCAAAACUGAACAGUGCAAUUGUGUGUGUCUUUCUCCAGUGGGGAGCUUGCAGCAACCACCCACCCUCCACCCCUCUUGCUCACUGCUCCCAUGUGAGUAGAAAGGGAAAAAGCACCCCACACCCGGGCCUCGGCCUCGGGCCCAAAAGGAAGGACAUCGCUGUGAUGCCUCUUCCCAUUGCCUUCCUGACCCAGGGAAGCUCCAGGUGUGAGGGUAACUAGCCAGCCUUUGCAUCUGUAGAUUCCCCUGCUGGGCUGGCUGACUUGCCUUCUGCCCUUCCUGGGGACCCUGGCCCCUCGCCUGCCUCCCUUUCCCACCGAAGGAGCAGGCACUUCCGAGAGGGGCUGUCCGAACAUCGCCUGGGGGCCAGGACUGAAAACAGCCACGGGCCACUUUGCCCUCUGAAUAGUCCUGUUUGGCCAGUCUUGGCCUUUGUCUCUUGAAGCGGGUGCGAGGCCUUCCCUGCAGCCCACUCCCACUCUUCACUGGCAGGCCCUCUCCUGACAGAUUCUGGGGGACCAGCCCCCCCCCCACACACCGGCUCUUUGGGGAUUGGUGAGCUGUAGAUCCUAAGCUGGAGCAUCCCUCCAGAACAGAUUCCCUGAAAGUCAGCCGUUCAGAAGCUGCCCUGCAUCCUCUUCCCCAAGCGGCAAAUUAGGCACAACAAUGUUCAUGGUGCUCGUUCCCUUCUCUGGGGAGUUUGGGGGGAAUCACCGCGUGGAGGGAGGGUGGAGAGCCAAGACACACACUCUCUCUUAGGUCAUGUGAUUCUGAUCUGAUUAUUUCAUCUUCCUUCCUUCCUUCCUUCCUUCCUUCCUUCCUUCCUUCCUUCCUUCCUUCCUUCCUUCCUUUUUUGGUGCUUCUAUCAAAAUCCUACAGAGUGUUGUAAAACUGUACUGUUGCGUCUUUCAUUCCCGUUCCAUUUUUCCUCCCCUCCCAGAACACUUAGUUACCGUAUAUUGCAAUAAAAUUUGCUUCUUGUAUUUGCAGACAUAUCUUUCUGUGUAAUUUUAUCCCCUAAUAUAUAUCAUGACUUGAACAAAUGUUGAUUAAAAAAAAAGUAUGAAAACAAAGAUUUAAAUACAUAGAGCCCCCUCCCCCUUUGAAGUGAGGCUGUGUGGGUAUGAAUCUCUGCAUGUAUGUACAUGUGUACACACACACACAUACACACGGUAUGAUCAGGUGACCCUAUUUGUACAGGUUUCCAAAUUCCAACGUUAUCAAUGCCCAUUAGAGGUAUUUUUAAGAAAAAAAAAUUGAACCUGUGUAAUAAAGGAAUAAAUGUAACCGAUAUUUUUCAAUAAACCAAGUUUACUGUUUCCACCUAA